UUUCAAAUAUUUGCGGAGAGACGAAGCAGAGGUGGUCGUUGCGAUAAAGCGUUGGAAGAGAGGUUUUCUUCCUUCGUGCUGUGUAUUUCUCUGGGAAACGAUGUCGUUUUACUUCUCUUCUCCUCAUCUUCCCCGUCUCACCUCCUCCGCCUCUUCGCCGUGGUGAGGGGAUCUUCCAUUUCCGCCGGCUUCUGCUGGAUCUUCUUUUCCUGGGAGGAGAUCUCCUUCGCGCCGGAGGAAAGGAAUUACUAAUUGGUCUCUCCAUUGAUGCAGAGCAAUGCCUACUUUUUCUGCUAUUGCUUUGAAUAGCUUGCUAGAGCCAGGAGCUUCCAGAUCCGUUGAGAAUACUGUUCUGAGCGGGAAACCUCCUCCUUCAAAGCCUCCUAUAUCAAAGCUGGAGAAAAGCAAGGGUAAGCCACUGAGAGAAAGGACUGUCCCACGUCCUCAGAUGUCUCCGGCUCUCUAUGCCACCCCUGAGGCAAUCCCACUUCCGGAUUCACCUUCUUCCUUCCCUCCAUCCCCUUACAUCAUCAAUCACAAAUCUCGUGGACCGCGUCUUUUAAAGAGCUUUUCCGAGGUUGAGGUGUCUUUGCGCCAGAAAACUGAGAAUGAGGAGAAUAAUGAUGUGGAUACAGAUGUAAAGGCUGCCACUCAUAGGAAGUCAACAUCUUUCUCAUUUCCUACCCAUAAGGCUACUGAAGAGGAACAUACCAAUGUUGUUGAUGGUAAUCCGGCUGAGAAGAAUAACCCGAAUGGCAUCUGUGAUGGUUCUGUUUCGCACCAGAGUGGUGAUGCCCAUGAUGGGGAACUUUGGAAUGGAAAGCUUGAAUUAGGUAGGAGUAAUGAUGGGAUUGUGAAAAGUACUGCUGCCAAAGGUUUAGAGAGGGACACUGAUCUGCCAGAGCCUGUUAUGGCCAAAGCAGAUCGAGAUGGUGAGUCUGAAGAUUUCUAUGACCCAGGUGAAUCAGUGAGCUUCACAAGUAACACAGAGGUAGAGGAUGAUGCAGGGGCUGAAAGUUCUCGAAAGCUCGCUACACCUUCAGGAGAGUUUUAUGAUGCUUGGGAUGAACUAUCAAUCGACAGUGGGAUGCAAACUUCUGUAAACGACAUCGAAGCUGAGCUGAGAGACAUAAGAUUGAGUCUACUAAUGGAAAUAGAGAAGAGGAAGCAAGUGAAAGAGACUCUGGAUCAAAUGCUAGCUCAUUGGCAGAAGGUCCGGGAACAACUACUCCAUGUGGGUGUGUCCCUUCCUGCCGAUCCUACAACCUCCACAGACAGCAUGAACGUAACAGGACAACUCCGUAGCCAACUUGAGGUCGCUAGGUUUGUAUCUGACUCCAUUAGCAGGGGGCUGACAAAGGCGGAGGUGGAGAUGUCGAUGGAAUCUAAGCUCGAAGCAAAGAACUUUGAAAUCACCCGGUUAUCUGACCGUCUCCACUAUUACGAGGCUGUGAACCGAGAAAUGUCCCAGCGGAACCAAGAGGCCAUAGAGAUUGCGAGGCGGGAGAGGGCGAGAAGGAAGAAGAGGAAGAGGUGGAUUUGGGGAUCAAUUGCCACCACUAUUGCUAUUGGCAGUGCUUCCUUGGCAUGGUCUUACCUCUCUGCCGGCAGAUCAUCAUCUCAUGUGUCCAAACCCAUGAAGGAUGGAUGAUAGAAACAUCGUCAUGGUUAUGAAAAAUAAGACUCAGGGAUGUGCUAUGUGGCUCCUUGUGAAUAGAUUUAUAAAUUAUAUGAUGGUUUAUCUGCUCAAGAGAGCGAGAUGAAGAAAUAGUAAUAAUCCAUGGCCAUGUUAUUGGCGAUUGUGGGGAAUGGUUUGGUUACUUACUCGAGCCAUGGUUCGGUUCUUCUUA